AGGCAUCGGGCCCCCAGGCAGAGCGGCGGGCGCCGGACCCCCAGGCGGAGCGACAGGUCUCGGGCCCCCAGGCGGAGCGGCGGACGCCGGACCCCCAGGCGGAGCGACAGGUCUCGGGCCCCCAGGCGGAGCGGCCGGCGCCGGACCCCCAGGCGGAGCGACAGGUCUCAGGCCCCCAGGCGGAGCGGCGGGCACCGAGUCACCAGGCACGACAGUGGGCUCCGAGUCAACUGGCAUGACCGCUGGCACUGGGUCAGACAUUGGAUCGUCUGGCUGGACAGCGGGCAUCGGGUCACCAGGCAUCAGGUCAUUUGGCUCGACAGCAGCGGGCACCGCGUCAUCUGGCAAGGCAGUGGGCUCCGAGUCAACUGGCAUGACCGCGGGCACUGGGUCAGACAUUGGAUCGUCUGGCUGGACAGCGGGCAUCGGGUCACCAGGCAUCAGGUCAUUUGGCUCGAC